AUGAAGAAGAAGAGGAAAAAGAAGUUCUGGAGGCUGCCCUCUUUCCUCAAAGCUGCCAGAAAACACCUCAAGGUGAUCCGACCGAGUCAGACUGAGGUGCAGCUUAUUGAGCUACCAUCGCCAGCCAGCAGCGCUGAUGAUGACAUUAUGUGCCGCUAUGAGCUCGGUGAUCGUCUGGGGGUAGGCGGGUUUGGCGUCGUUCAUGAAGCGAGUCGUGUGGAGGAUGGCCUUAAGGUGGCAUUGAAAGACGUCAUGAAGACCCAUGACAUGGAAUAUCUAACUAUUCCUGGUCAUCCAAACCCCCUCCCAGUGGAGAUCGCCCUUACACUCUUGGCCAACAAGGGACCCAGCGCACCAGAGAUUAUAAAGCUGCUGGACUGGCAGGACCAACGGGACAACUAUAUCAUGGUCCUCGAGUGUCCGUCACCGUGUGAGAACUUAGUCAGUUUCUUGGAGGGCCACGGAGGAAGACUCGAAGAAGGUUUAGUUCGGCACAUCAUGCGGCAGGCAACGCGGGCGGCUCGCACAUGUUGUCGCCGUGGGGUAUUCCAUGGAGACAUAAAGUUGGAAAACUUCAUUGUGAGCAAGGACACCCUGCAGGUCAAGUUGAUCGACUUUGGGUGUGGGGACCUCAUGAGAAAGUCUGCCUACACGACAUUGUAUGGCACCAUGGAGUACUACCCUCCUGAGUACAGGAUCAAGGGCAAGUACCAUGCGAAGUCUGCAAUGUCGUGGUCUCUUGGGGUCAUCUUGUUAACAAUGCUGUGCGGCCGUUUUCCAACUGACAAUGACCUGCAGAAGACCGAACUAAACCUUUGGUCAGAGCCUGGACUGUCAAAGGACUGCUGCAGUUUGAUCUGUAGUCUGCUCCAGCAUAAAACUAAGCGACGGCUCGGUCUGGGGAAGAUCCUUCAACACGACUGGUUUCAGGUACUGAGCCUGAGAUCAGCCACAUUUGCUUUAAAUGCUGCUGGACCAGAGGUUCCUGCCAUGGACAGCUUAAAGGCAUGUAAUGGGCUUCCUCGUCUCAGAGCUCCACUGCCCUGGUUCCUCAGUGGUUCCUCUCAUGGCUACCCACAAGUCCAAGGUUUGAUGUCCCAGAGGUUCCUUCUACGGUGCUCCAGGUCUCUCAGUCUUGCUGCUCUGGUACCAGAACUUCCUGUAGUGGCUACCUGGUCUUCAACUCCUUGUCAUGACUGCAUGCUCUCAAAAGUUGACCUGGAUAGUGAGGUCCCUGCAAAGUCAGCUGGGUCUCAGAGGUUCUAA